AAGAAGAAGAGGGUUAGUCUGGAAGUGCUGCGUGUUGUCCAUGCUCACUGUAGUCACUUGUAGCGGAGGAGGCUGUCAGAAGGCGUUUACUUCGCGGCUGGUGCUGUCAGGAUUUACCCUCUCCUCUUUCACUUGUUCUGUCACCGUCUGCAUUUCUCAGCCACUGGAUGUUAAAAAUGGACCAGCAUCCUGAUCUUCCGACGAGAGAGAUGUCAGAUAACAACACAGAUAACAACACCACAGCUGAAUCAACAGAUCCUCCUCAGAGGUUCACAAGAAAAGAGAUUCUCACCUUAAUAUCAAUGGCGUCUGUGAACUUUGGCUCUAUGAUUUGCUACUCAAUAUUGGGCCCAUUUUUUCCCACCGAGGCAGUAAAGAAAGGAGCCAGUCAGACUGUAGUUGGUCUCAUAUUUGGGUGUUAUGCUGUCUCCAAUUUAAUUGGUUCAUUGGUACUAGGAAAAUAUAUUGUCCAGAUUGGUGCUAAAUUCAUGCUUAUUGCAGGACUUUUUGUAUCAUCAUGCUGCACUAUUAUAUUUGGGUUUCUUGAUCGGGCUCCUGCAGGACCUAUAUUCAUCAGUCUGUGCUUUAUUGUGAGGUCGCUUGAUGCUGUCGGCUUUGGAGCUGCUAUGACGUCUGCUUUUGCCAUGACAGCAAAAAUAUUCCCAAACAAUGUGGCAACUGUUUUGGGUAGUUUGGAGAUUUUCACAGGACUCGGCCUUAUCCUGGGACCACCACUGGGAGGGUGGCUCUACCAGUCUUUUGGAUACGAAGUCCCUUUUUUAAGUCUUGGAUGUUUGCUGCUGAUUAUGGUUCCUUUCAACAUUUACGUCCUGCCAUCCAUUGAGGCAGUCCCAUCGAAGGAUUCAUUCUUUCGACUACUCACCCACGUGAAAACAAUCCUGGUUUGCUAUGUGAUAUUCACUCUGAGUGCAGGUCUGGGCUUUUUGGAUGCCACUUUGUCGCUUUUUGCUAUUAACAGGUUCGGUCUCUCAACUGGCUACGUGGGACUAAUAAUGCUUGGUUUAUCUUUACCAUAUUGUCUGGCAUCACCACUGAUGGGGUAUUUCACAGAUAAAUAUCCUGCUACUAGGGUCGCUUUCUUGGUCACAGGAGGCAUCACUGCUACAAUCGGCUUCUGUCUGCUUGGUCCCGCCCCUUUUCUUCACAUCCAGAGUCAGUUGUGGUUGCUGGUCGUCAUGCUGGGUCUAAUUGGGUUUUCUCUGGGUAUGAGUGCAAUCCCCACGUUCCCUGAGAUCAUCACAUGUGCAUAUGAAAUAGGAUUUGAAGAGGGGCUAAGUACACUUGGAAUGGUGUCUGGGUUAUUUGGUGCAGUGUGGUGCACUGGGAUGUUUUAUGGCCCCAUUGUGGGAGGAAUUAUUGUUCAACAUCUCAGCUUUGAAUGGGCUGCUACAGUUCAAGGAGCAUUGGCAUUUUUGGGUGCAUUUCUCAUGUUCGUGUAUUCUCUCUGUCAACGGACAAAACAACCAAGGGUCCAAGAAAACAGUCAGCGAGCAGAUGAAAGAACCCCUCUCCUAUGAUCCUGUGUUCCAGCUCCAAGUUACACAACUUUUUAAACAUCUUAUCAGCCAUUUUUUGUUAUCAGGCUGAUAUUGUUUUAAUGGUGCGAGUCCUUUGGUUAUUUAUAUGUGGUUCUAGGGAAUGCAUUGUAGUAGGAACUACCCAACAGGUAUUUUAAUUUAUAUUUGCAGGUAUUUAUAACUCUAUAGCCUGCUUCUUAUCAAUGCAGUAACACUGUGUAAUGUAAAAUCUAAGAUUAAUUGUAUUAUGUUUUUACAAAAAGCUAGAGAGUCAUGGAGUGGGUCCAAAAAUAAUUUGGGGAGCAAGACGGAUAUUAAAAAUGAAACCAGAAGUUCACUACACAAACCCAGCUUGAUUGUGAGCUAAGUUAGAGUCCUGUGCUGGUAGAAUCCACAGAAACAAACUCCUGCCAAAGUAUUUAAAACUGCCUUGUAAUAGUUUUUUCAACACUGCCAGGAUAACUCACACACAAUAACACACAAUGACACCAGCCACUUGGUUAGUAGGAGUGAGUUUUUAUAACCAGUGGCUUAAUUGUAAAGCAGUGCAAGUGUACUGAUUUAAGGUGGUGCAUCUGAAUGUAAGUGUUUCAUAUGGGUGUGUAACUUAUAAAGUAUACAUUUAUUUACUAUACUAAAACAGUGCAAUUUACUUGAUAAUCACAAACAAUUGUGCCUUUUGUAGAGAUGUUCAUAGGAUUUCUACAUCACAACUUGGAUUUCAUUUUUAAUUGACCAAUAUCAACAUCUGAUUACCUCAUUCAUAGAAAUGUGAAGAAAACCGUGUGAUAUAACGAUAUCUUUGGAAAGAUAAAUUAUACAGGUCAUAAUGAACCUUUCAUACUGUACUAAUUCUUCAAACAGGGAAUUUAUUGCAGAUUUCA